UUCUGCACUUUUCAACACGUAAGAAUUAUUUCUGAACGCAGAAAUCACAGAUCUGGCUCAGUAAUAGGAGGAUUAUGUUUAAUAUCUAACUUACUGGAGUUGUAGAAUGUGAAACGGGUGGAAUUCGUUUCGUUUAAGUGUAGAAAAUUAGGAUUAAUUUAUAUUGCUGCAAUAGAACAUGGCUGUCCGUGCAGGACGCGUGCUUUUUGUGAAAUUCGUUCGGAAUUACAGUAGUGAACGAGGAAAUGAUACCAUACAUCACAAGCUUGUUGUAGCGGGAGGAGGGACAGGGGGAUGUUCAGUUUCUGCACGUGCUUGUCGUGCACUCGGACCAGGAACUGUUGCUGUCAUAGAGCCAGCUGAGAAACACUACUACCAGUCUAUGUGGACCCUGGUUGGUGGCGGAAUCAAAACAAUGGACCAGACAGAGAUAAGAACAGCUGAGGUCCUCCCAAAACCUUGUAAACUCUAUAAGACCCGUGUGUCGGAAUUCCAACCUGAUAGAAAUAUGGUCGUUUUGGAUAACGGACAAAAGUUGACCUACGAGUAUCUGGUUAUUGCGCUUGGCAUACAGAUCAACCCUGACAAGGUAGAUGGUCUUGUAGAUGCGUUUAAGAAUGACCCGACAGUGUGCUGUAACUAUAUGAGUGAUACGGUGAUAAAGACGUAUCCGGCUAUACAGAACUUCAAAGGAGGCAACGCUAUCUUCACUUUUCCAAACACACCAAUAAAGUGUGGUGGAGCGCCACAGAAAAUCAUGUACCUUGCCGAUGAGUACUGGAGAAAUCAUGGUGUCCGAGACCAGACAAAAAUCUUUUUCAACACAUCCCUGGAUGUGAUUUUUGGGGUUCCUAAAUAUGCUGCUCGCUUAUCAGAAAUUGUUAAAAGAAAAGAUAUUCAGGUGAAUUUUAGACGAAACUUGACAUCAGUAGAUCACGUGAAGAAGUUGGCAACUUUUCAGCGGCUGGACCAUGAUGACAAGGAGACCUACCAUUACGAUUUUCUGCACGCGGUGCCCCCGAUGUCAGCCCCGGAUGUGCUGAAGAACUCGACAUCCUCUAUCGUAGAUGAAGGAGGCUGGCUGGAUGUAAACAAGCUAACUAUGCAACACAAAAACUUCCCCAAUAUUUUCGGUCUCGGUGACUGUACCAAUGUUCCGACAUCUAAAACUGCUGCCGCUGUAGCAUCACAGAACAAAAUAUUACUGAACAGUCUUUGUCAGGUGAUUGAUGGAAAAGUUCCUGAUGGAAAAUAUGACGGUUACACAGCGUGUCCUCUUGUUACUGGCUACCAUUCGUGUAUUUUUGCUGAGUUCGAUUUCGAUGGUAAACCGCUGGAGACGUUUCCAAUAGACCAGAGUAAAGAGAGACGUUCAAUGUUCUAUGUGAAAAAAGACGUCAUGCCCCAGAUAUACUGGAAGUUGCUUGUAAAUGGAAAAUGGGGCGGACCUAGACCGAUAAGGAAAUUGAUGCAUCUCUGGAUGAGUAGAUAAAUUUCUGGUUGUGUAAAAUGUUUAAAAACCAUAUCAAUCAUAGAAGAUGUUAAAACAACAAAAACACACAAUUAACAAGAUAGACAGUGUGAAACAGAUUUACAUGUUUCGCAGGUAGUCUGGUUAUUAACAAAUGCCAGAGUAUGUGUCCAGCCUUGAGAAUGAAGUUAUACAUGGUGUAUGUAUGUGAACUGGGGACAGGAAAAAGGCUUCGGUGACAACCUCAUCAAACCUUUUCAAAAGUUUCAAUAUUUACUAAAAGCAGUCAUCAUUAUUGGACAUAUACAACGGUUGAAUCGC